AUGUUGGCGGAUCCUGGAUCACGUGGUGAAGAUUCAGAUGGUGUGGAAGGGGAAGACGAGUCUGAAAGUGAAAAGAGAAGGGGUGUGCCCUCUCUACGAGAGCGUUUACCUAUGUCUGCUGGACUAGGGGUAGGUGAACUUCGGGCUCGUUUAGGGGUUUGGUUCGGCAGCGUGGUAGCUCUAGAUGGUGCAGGCUGUGUUGUAGCUAGGUCGGCGAUGGGGUGGGAUAUAGCUGGAUGGGUUGGUUGGUGGUCGGCGAUUGACUUGAUAAAGUGUGGGAUGCAUACUUAUUUAACCAAUGGUCACUAUUACACACAAAUAUUGGCCACAGGACGAGUGUAUUCUAAGACGUAG